AUGAAAAUAAAACAAGGAAUACUUCAUUUCCUUCACCUCGACAAGACAUACAGCAUGCUGUCUGGUAAAAAUGUCUUCAUUCUUCAGGAAUAUUUUAAGCUGCUUGAUGUACACAACGAAGAGUCUAUCAAUGAUAUUCAGUUCUACCACUUCCUCCAUGCCGUUUGCGAUCUGAAUAGAGGGCAUAUCUACAACGUAUUCGAUAUGCUGGACGUGGACGGAUCGGGUCGAAUAGACUUUGAUGAGUUCUACUUAUUGGUUUGCAUUCUGAUCUCACUCAAGGAUAAAGAAGAGAAGCAGUUUAUUUACCGCCAUUCCCGGACGGUCUUUGAACUUCUGGAUGAGGACCGUAGUCACAGCAUCUCGGCAGAGGAGUUCUCGGCUUUUGGGUUUUUAUUCAAUUUCCACGGAGCGGCUGUCAAUCAGAUAUUCAAAGAUUUUGACAUAUCAGGCGACGAGGAAUUGGACUACAAAGAGUUCAAAAUGUUCGCUAUGGCCUGCAUCGACAAACAGAACGAGAUCGACAGAUGUAAACGGGAGAAGUUGGAGCGCCGCCGACGUCGAAAGAUAGAGAGGGCUACAAGGAAAUUGGAGCGAGUCGAGUUUGGGGAAGAGGGCGCUCUCAGUACUAGCUGGCUCAGCCAAACCUUACAUACGUGCGAUGCAUGCAUCAUUCAAUAA